AUGGCGAGCGAUCGACAUCUACCCGUACCAACCGGAAACAGUACCGGAAAACUUGUAUUUGCAAGUGGACGAUCUCAACAAUCGGUUCGUACUCGAAAGAUAAAAGGUGGAAUAGGACUGAUAUCGACGAGUAGAUUCACUUUUCAAGCCCACAACUUCGAUCUCGUCCAUAGUCGAUUGAUGACUGGCGCUAUACAUGUGAACAGGUGGGCUGGUUACCUCCGUGAUAUGCUUCGUGUGCUCCGGCCUGGAGGGUGGGCUCAGCUGGUGGAACUGUAUCACAAUGUCCAGUCAGACAAUGGGAGUCUCACGGACGACCCCAGGGAGUAUGAGAUUGGCACUGCCAACAGAGUAAACGUGCAACAGUUUUUAAGUUCCAUUGCGCUGUAUCCAUUCGCGGAAAGACUAGAAAUGCCAAUUCAAGAUGUCCAACUUCUUGUAGCACAAGCUCGAGUAGAGGCUGAUGACCCACGGCUGAAGGUGAAAGCGAAGUCCAGACGUCCUAAGUAG